GUCGUUGCACACCAAUUUUUCUCAAAUUUAUUUAAAAAAGAAACAGUGUCUGUUUAAUGAUGUUUUCCCUUCGUUUAACAAAUAAAUUGAAACUAAAAUUAACACACUUUCAUUAUUACCAUGACCGACAAAGCUCCCAGUGUUCCCCUUGUGUUGUUGUGAUGAAAAAUGUCAACAAAACGAACAACACCGGCUCUUGCAUCGUUUCAUUUUUCUUUUUGCAUCAAUUUACUGCCGCUUUGCCAUAUCUGUGAAUUAUUAUCAGGCCCGCAGUAGGAAGAUUAACCAUUCGUUAUGUUGGGCCUGAAAAGCUAUCGGUUUGGACGCAAUUUAGCUAAAAGUAUACCAUCAUUUCUUUCCCGCAGUUGUACAACCACACCAGAGAGCACUGGAACAGAUCAACAAAUGGCAAACCCCCACCCGGAAGAACCAAUCAUCGUCGAGAAAGAAAACAACAUCACACUGAUCGGUAUCAACCGGCCGAAGGUGAGAAAUGCCAUCGAUUCGAUAACGGGCCGAAAGCUAUCGGCCGCAAUAGCAGAGUUCGAGAACGACCCAAAGGCGGACGUCAGUGUGCUGCACGGUAUCGGUGGCAGCUUCUGCUCCGGGUACGAUCUAAGCGAGCUGGCCGGGCAGCAAGAGCCACAGCAAGCACUGUCGAUCGUGCACCAUCCGGAAGGUGUGAUGGGUCCGACGAGACGCAUGAUCCGGAAACCGCUGGUCUGUGCCAUUACCGGGUACUGUGUGGCCGGUGGGCUGGAGCUGGCGUUGAUGUGCGAUCUGCGCGUAAUGGAGGAGAAUGCCGUGCUGGGGUUCUUUAAUCGCCGAUUCGGCGUUCCGUUAAUUGACGGCGGCACGGUCCGCCUGCCGGCACUGAUCGGGCUUUCCCGGGCGCUGGAUCUGAUCCUUACCGGUAGGACCGUUACCGCUAAGGAAGCGCUCGACAUUGGCCUCGUGAAUCGUGUCGUGGCGGUCGGGGCAGGCCUUGGCCAGGCGUACAAUCUGGCGAUGAGCAUCGCUAAGUAUCCGCAGCUCUGCAUCCGGCACGAUCGGGAUGCCGCGUACUAUGGUACGUUUUCGGCGGAAUCCUUCGAGCAGGCACUAGAACGGGAGGCAGCGAACGUUACGGUGGAGCUGCUGCAGGAAGCGAAAGAAGGGGCGGACAAAUUUCGGCAAGGAAUCGGUCGCGGCGGUAGCUUUAGCGGAAUCAAGGAACGCAAGCUGCCGGAUUGGGAACGGGCGGAGAUGAAGCACGAAUCGAAGCUUUAGGCCUAUGGGUGGGUGGGCUGGUUGGUAGGUGUAGUAGGCUGUGGAAGAAAUGGAUUUUUUUAAACAGUUUACAGUGCAGCGAGGGUGCAUAGAGAAAGUUAGAAUGUAGUGCUACUGUAAUUACGAAAUUGUUAAGUUUGCCACAUGUUAACAGUUUAGAGAUGAGGAAAACGCACGCAUAAAGGUAUGUAUAAUUAAAGGAAGAAAGAAGUAUCCUUAUGGAAAAAGAGAUAUUAGAAAGAAAAAAAGAAUUUGCCUCUCCCCGACGGGGAAUCGAACCCCGGUCUCCCGCGUGACAGGCGGGGAUACUGACCACUAUACUAUCGAGGACAUGUGUUGAGUGGAGUGCUAUUUUCGGAUUGGUUGUCGCUGUCUGCCAUGUUGGGCUAAAAGGGGUGAUGGAAAAAACCCGAACCACACAUUGUCCUCCAAAAGUGAUUUGUCAUCAGAAGGAAAAGAAAGGAAAUGAAAACACCACAAUUUAUCUAACAAUUGGUUUACUAAAAGAUCCUUUUCUUGAACCAAUCUGAGCCUCAACGGUCAGUUGUCACAUUCUUGUUCACGUGUACCAUCCACAUGCAUACACAUACACAUAGGGUUUACUGAAAGGGUGUUGUUAUUGGAAGAGACAUACAUUUCCACAUUCACAUAAUUUCCUUUUUCUCAAACCCCUGCCGAGUGUAAGUGAUUUUAGCCGAUAAGCUGCUUGAUCUACACAAACAACGAGAAUAGGGGGACACAGUGUGUGUGUGUUUUUCUUGUUUUAAUAAUAAUGCAUAUAAUCUACAUCUAGGACAGUGGAUUUCUACUAACAGACACAGUGUGUGAGAGUUAAUCGCUUCUGCUCCUAAAAAGGCAUGCCACUCUGUCUAUCUUUCUCUCUCUCUUUCUACGUAGCGAGCACGUGUUUGAGGUCACGAUUUAGUGUGGAAACAUGGAAAAGUUAGAAAAACAGUUUGCUGAGAUGAUUCGAGAUACAGGUGUGUACAGAAAAAAGGGACGAGAGUAGUAGUUUUGAAACCUUCCGAAUGUGUGCUGCUGCAGGAUUAGGAAUCGUGCAUACGAAUCGGUUGUAGUGGUAGUAGUGGUAGAUAGUAACUAGGUCCUAGAACCCCAUUUCCUUUUCUUCUUUCACAUCUAUAUUCCGUGCAGGUUUUAGCAUAGAGAGAAGGAUAAGUAUCUUUUUAUAUCGUGUUGUUGUUACACUUGUUCAUCGUUUUCCAAUUAGAAGUAUGAAAUUAAAACAGCAGAAACACACAAUUACAUACAUGCACACACACAAUCGCGUGCUCGAUUCUUUCCGGCAAUUCUUGUUGUUUGUUUUGUUUUUUGUUUUAAUAUUGUUUAAGUAUAUUUAUAGAACACUCCCCAAAUCUCUCCAACAGGCCCCACUCAGCCGUGGGCCCUUGUACGUCUUGUACGGAGGCGUCGCCCCGGGAGCACGUAAGGGCACGUGUACUUUUCUAACGUUUGUUGUUGUACGAUUAGUGAUUGAUUGUGGCGUCUUUUGAGAGCGAAAGGAACCCCCCUUUUUCGGCUUGCUGGGAUUGAAUUUGUUUGGUGCCGCUGGAAAUCGGUACUGUGGAUUUUAUCUUCCAACGGGCAUUUUCCGUCUAGUUUCGCCAUGCAGCAUAUCAUAUCGGUAUCUCUGAUCGUAAUAAAAUUCGAAUCCUCAGAAUUACCGUUUCAAAAUUAUCGUUCUUUUGAUCAUCUUUUUCCGCUUACUUUGCAAUGAAGGGUCAACAAAAAUAUAUAUAUAUAUAUUACCGUGUACGUAUGCUUCUGUGCUGUUACGUUAUUAAAGAAUGUUUUGAUUUGUAAGUGUGUGUGUGUGUGUGUGUACAUCAUAUUAUACGAAGAUAGCUGUUUUUGAUUCUGUAAUUAAGUUUAAAAAGAGAUUAAUGUUUCUGAAUUAUCUUAUUUUCCAUCUGUUGGUUCGAUUACUAAUCGCCAAUUUGUGUUUAAACAUUCAUACUUUUGUUUGUUUGUUGUUUUUUACAUUUUCUUUUCAUUCGUGUUUUUGUAAAAUAUUUUCUCUUCCCCCAGCCCUCUCCCCCGUUUGUCCUUCUCCUCCUUUCUUUCGAUCGGCAUUCUCGCAUUAAUCGUUGGCAACACGUGUUUUAAAUUACUUCGUUUGCUUUGAUGCCGCACACAGGUUGGUUCUUCACAAUACAAUACAUAUGCUGGGUUGGUUAGUUUGUGCUGGUAUGAGAUUUAGAAUGAGCUGUUCCUCUUCCCUUUAUUGAUUUCGCUUCAACUCCCAUCGCCAACCACAAGUAGGCUGUGGUGCAGUUAGUAUGAUGAAAAAAAAUAAACAAAUUAAUAAUACCAAUAGUUUGAUCUCGGCUUGAAAAAAAACGCACAUCUCAAUGUGGCCAAUAGCGUUCAAAACGUUUGUUUCUUCGAGAUAUUGUUCGUCCGAUUGGUCUUACCACGCUAUCUAUAUGCCCCCCUAGAACCCCACCUUCCCUCUCUCUCUUGUCAGUCCGUACGUUAAGAUGCUUUUUAUCUGAAUCAGUUCACCAUAUCUCGUUGCUCGUAUCACUUUACAAAAGCGAAGAACAACAUUUAACCACAUCCCCACGUCCGCGUCCUCUAGUGUAAGCUCUUCCCUGUCAUCUCUCACAAACCACUUGUGAUCUAAUCAAACCAACCACAAACAUUAUUUCAUGCGCUCUUCAUAUUCGGAAAAUUGCUCACCACACACACACAUUCGCGGGAUUGGAAGGACAACAAAAUGUAAACACACAGAAAGAAAAACAAAAAGUAAAAUCAUAUUUUCUUCUAUAUAGUAAUCACUUACUGUUGCCACACACUCAACUCAACACACAAACACACACACACGCUUGCUGAGUAUCCUCCUUGCCUGGGUGUGUCCCCUCUCACGAGGACGGUCUCUGGAUGCAGUAGUAAUCAAUGUUCAUGUGCUGCUUUGUUUGUAUUUUCUUCAAUUUUGUUUUAAUUUUAUUUCAUGUACCUCUACUACACACCUAACACCGCUGCACGGACAGGUUGAUGGGUCGUUCGAAACACGACCGAACACGGCACAGAGGAGUGCGUGUCUCAACAUCAUUCCUUCUCUCUCUUUCUCUCUCUCUGCAUAUCGUUAUGGACACGUCGCGCUUGCUGCGAUUGACACACCAAAAGAGCGAAUGGAUCCUUGCACGGAUGCUGGGUGUCUAGGUGAGGAGGAGACACACCCCUCGCAGAGGGAGAGGAAAGUAAAAACAAUAAAUUACUAACUUAAAGCUAAGCAAAAAGCCCGCACACCCCAAUACACAUGCCCCAGACGGAUAGGAUAUAUCGGUGUGGUGUGUGUCCUGUGUGGCUUCGAAUUUUGCGCCCAUCAUCCCCCUCCCACAGCUACAAACUAUUUAACCAAAAAAAAAAAAAAAACUCUUGACCCAAAUCCCACGCUCGCCAACCUAUACUGGAAAAUUCACUAGUUUCCGUUUUGAACUGUGUGUCUGUACUACAUACGCGUCUAUAAUAUGUAUGUACGUGCGUGUAUAUGUGUGUUUACAUGUUAAACGCACACACACACACACACACACGCACACA